GUGUCGUGGUGGUACAUGGUGUGCACUCCAGUCCGUAAACCCUGAAACUGCGUAUAUACUUAUACCGAUACGGCAGGCCAUGAGCGAGACUAGGAGGGGGACCACCGCAUGUCUGUUCAGCUACGGGCAGCUAGAGAGCAAGGACGAAACUGAGGAGUGGCUGGAGAAGUGUCACAGAACGCUGGGCAGUAUAACCAACAAUCUCAGAGAGAAGGAGGUGUACAAUCAGCUCAGCGAGAAGGUAAAGUAUCCUGCAACUAUCUUCACAAGCCAGACUCUAGAGUCGGGCUGAAACGGGUCUUCUUUCUUUCCCUGCUGAUGAUACGGGGGAUGUUUUGUUGUGUGUGCAGGUGAGUCACAGUCCUCAGCAGCAUGAGGAGAUCACACUGGCCCUCCUCUACUCCAUUCUGACUGACCCAAACUCUGCCAGCAAGUCAUACCACACACUACUCCUGAUAACUCGGGACAGCAUGGCUCAGUUAGUGAACAUGUGUGAGCGAAUUGUCAUGGAGAAGAUGACCAAACUCCAGGAUACCACUCGAUUACAGUUGCUGUGGCUGACGAGAGAGAUGGUAGGCAGUGGAGUGGCUGGAGCUGAUAGAGUCUGUUUUGCCCUCCUCAAACAUCUUCCUGCUGGGAAUAUUGGCACUGGUGAUGCCUGGGUCUACGUUGCAGAGUCUCUACUGAACAUUCUGCUAGACCAUCAAGAGUGGCUGGAGGGACUCCCAGCUCUGGUAGACAGUGCAGUGUUCACCUACCUCUCCAUCCUCCCCUCACACUCUGCACAGAGUCUGGCAUCUCUCAGGCAACAGGAGACCAACUUCUGUGUCUCCAUGCUCAGGGCCAAGCUCACAGAUAUGCAACCUAUUGGCAGAGACCUUCUGAGACUACUGCAGGGAGUGGCAAGGAUCCCAGAGUUUACAGAGUUCUGGAGAGACCUGCUCCAGCAACCACAGACCCUUAGUCCCCAGCUCACUGAUGUCCACCAGGUGUUGUCCAGGAGAACGUCUCGGAGGUUCAUAGCAGGCCGCGUGUUGCCUGAGGUUGAGAUCAAACUCAACUUCCUCCUCUCCAAGGUGAAAUUUGGCCAGCAUAAGUGUUACCAGGAGUGGUUUCAGAAGAAGUACCUGUCCACCCCGGAGAGUCUGCUCAUUGUCCCCGAGCUGGUGAGGUUUGUGUGCUGCGUCAUCCAUCCUCCCAAUGAGAUACUCCAGUCCGACAUUGUCCCUCGCUGGGCCUUCAUUGGCUGGCUCCUCUCUCUCUGCCAGGGGAAACAUGCAGUGCUGGCAAAUGCCAAGCUGGCCCUGUUCUAUGACUGGCUGGCCUACAAUCCAGAGCUGGACAACAUCAUGAACAUUGAGCCAGGGAUUCUACUGAUGACCAACUCUCUGAGGCAGCACCCCCAGCUCUCAGCCAUGCUCAUCGACUUCCUCUGUAGGCUAAUUACUACAUUCAGCCCUGGUCUGGAAGAGAGAGUGAGGGAAGGAGUGUUGGCUGCCUUCAGGGACAUCCUCAGUAAAGAAGUCAUACUGUCAGUGGAGCCACUGUUUGAAAGUUCCAGGUUUGACGAUGGUCUGAGACAACUCAUACGCAGCACCUUUCCAGAGUUCUAUCCACAAGCUCCUGCCCCCCAGCCAGAGCCAGGUCCACACCCCUCUGUACCGGAAGACAACGAUGUAAUCAUUACAUCAUCAGAUAAAGGUGCCGAGGGAGGUAGUACAGAGAAGCCAGUUGUGAUAGUGAGUGAUGAAGAGGAGGAGGAAGAGAGGCAAGGGGUACAGGGAGAAGACCUUGAGAUCAUAGGAGCAUUCUCUGGUGAUGAGGAGGGAAAGGAAGGAGAGCCCCACGGAGGAAGUAGUCAGGGGUUUGUGGCAAUAGCAGAGAUUUCCCCAGAGCCCGUUGAGGAGGGGGUAGAGGGGGUAGAUGGUGAGGUGGAGAUGGGAGGAGAGGAGGAAGACAGGCUAUGUCUACUGCCUGAGAGUAUCAGAGAGACCCUCUUAUCCCUACUGCUCGACAAUGAGGGUGUUGUACAGCCAGCCAUUCUGGAUGAAGUAGUGCAGAUGAUUCGUGAGAAGAGGAGUGUGUUGGGGGAGGAGGGGAUGUCGGUGGUGGGUGGCCUGGUGGCCAGGGCUCUCGAACAAGACUUUGCCACAGGCUUCAGACCCGAAGACACCUUAUCACUACGGGAAAGCGAGAGGCCCUCUAUGGCCCUAUGCAAAUGUGCGAGUGAAGAUGAGUCAGCUCUUGCUCUCCUUGUCUCUCUGUCUGACCAUGAGCCCAGUACUGGAUACUUUCUCCUCAUGUUCUUACUCCACCACUAUCGUGACCAACUGUCAAAGUACAAGGAUUUCACCUCUCAGUGUGCCAUACACCCCACCCUAAUCUCUGCUCUUGUAGCUGACCUCAAGGAAUGUGUGGAGAAAGAAUCAAGUCUCUUUUUCGACUCUCUGCCUCUCAUAUACAAAGAAUUUGCAGUGGAGCUAAAGCAUUGUGAAGAGUUACUAAGCGUCAUUGUGGCUAACAUUGAUCCCGCACACCUGCAGAUUCUCAUGCAGCAGUUGAUGGUCAGAGACUUUGCCAUCUUUGGUAAUGAUAAGGCCGGCAUUGAGCACCUCAUCGAGAGUAGUUUGGGACUGGACUCUUUUGAGCAGUUCUGUGUGUGGCAGUUGCUGUGUGCAGAGGGACCAGACGCCAGUCUCGUCAUCCCCGCCAUCGGCAAAUUUGACGCUCAAGAGCACCACGAGGCAUUGUCAGGUGCAAUCCUGUUCCUCAGAGCCGAGGCGAGUGGGUUGCUGGGAGUAUCAGAGCUCUUCUCCCUGCCUCUCCGGCACAGCGGACUGGUGACAGCCGCCGGGUCUCGCUGGAUCAAUGCCAAACCCAGCAAAUACGCCAAAUACUUGUCCCACUUCCUGGACAAGAGUGGCAAGGACACCUUAUCUCUGACUUUGACCCACCUUCAAAACCUCCUCCAAUACUUGAAGGGAAACGCUCUCUUUGAAGCUGCUGAUGGGGCAGUGGCUAAAGCUCUCUGCAAGCUGUUCUCUGCUGACAAAUACUACAGAGAAAGGUUUGACAAGCUCUUCAAGGUGGCCUCGGGUCUCCCUGAUUCCUCGUCUGCUAAGAGUCAGGAGGAGGGGAGUGGCGCACCCUCUGCUGGUGCUGGCAAGAGACCUCUGCAGACUGUCUCCACCAAACCCACCGCCAAGAAGAGAAGAGUGAUAAACAAAGAAGAUCUCAGUGACAACUAGUACUUACACUCUCUCUCCCUUUCUGUGACAAUGGUAUAUACAUGACACGUUUUUCACAACACACAAGACAAUAAAGCAAACCCAACUGUGAUGUACGUACACGAUAGAUUGAUGUGCGUAUAUACACUACAUAUUGGCGAGCAAACUAGAGAGGCAUACAAGAUUGAAUUCCGAAGUUGCAUAAAACAUAGUGAUGUCAUCUGUCA